AUGGAGUCCUUUAAGAAACCUCUCGUUAUAAGUCACUUUGUUUUUGUUUUGAUUCUGGUCUUCUUCGAUGUGUCUCUGGCAACAACGGAGAAGAUGACCGAGAAUCAGAAGAGUACUUACAUAGUACAUGUGUCCAAAUCCGAAAUACCAGCAAGCUUUGAGCACCAUUCGGUCUGGUAUAAAUCGAUUCUGAAAUCGAUAUCUGUCUCAGCAGAAAUGCUCUACAUCUAUGACAACGCAAUCCAUGGAUUCUCAACAAGAUUAACACCUGAAGAAUCCCGGUUACUGAAGAGUCAAACCGGGAUUCUAAAGUUGUUGCCAGAUAAAAUGUACAAACUACACACCACUCGAACCCCUCAGUUCCUCGGGAUCGAUAAAAUCCCUGGGAUGUUUCCCGAGUCAAACACAGGCACUGACGUCGUCAUCGGACUCCUCGACACAGGCGUUUGGCCAGAAAGCAAGAGCUUCGACGAUACUGGACUGGGACCCAUCCCUAGCAGCUGGAAAGGCGAAUGUGAAACAGGUACCAAUUUCACAACCUCGAACUGUAAUAAGAAAUUGAUUGGAGCCAGGUUCUUUCCAAAGGGUCACGAGGCCUCGAAUGGUCCAGUUGAUGAAACCAAGCAAUUUAGAUCGCCACGUGACAGUGACGGUCACGGCACCCACACUGCGAGCACAGCUGCAGGAUCUGCAGUGGAAGGCGCGAGCCUAUUCGGCUACGCUAAUGGUACAGCACGUGGGAUGGCCAAGGGCGCUAGAGUCGCUGUCUACAAGGUUUGCUGGGAAGAAGCUUGUGCGGUUUCUGAUAUACUCGCCGCAAUUGACAAGGCCAUCUCGGAUGGGGUCCACGUCCUUUCAGUUUCGAUUGGAGGUGGAGCCAUCGAUUAUGACGAAGAUACCCUCGCAAUUGGAGCCUUUUCGGCAAUGGAGAAAGGUAUUCUAAUCUCAAGCUCCGCAGGAAACUCGGGUCCCAAUGCAUCUUCUCUCACCAAUUUGGCACCUUGGAUUACAACCGUGGGAGCUGGCACACUUGAUCGAGAUUUCCCAGCGUACGUUAGCCUCGGAAAUGGACAAAACUUUUCUGGAGUGUCCCUUUAUAAUGGCAAUCCUUUGCCACAUACUCCCGUAUCGUUCGUAUACGCAGGGAAUGCGAGCAUAGGAGUAGGAGAAGGUGGUGAGUUAUGUGCGGCGGGAUCCUUGGCGCCGGAAAAAGUUGCGGGAAAGAUCGUGUUGUGUGAUCGCGGCGAUCUUGGUAGGGCAGAAAAAGGAUCGGUGGUGAAAUCCGCCGGCGGUUUAGGCAUGGUGUUGGCCAACCAGGCCAGUGACGGAGAGGAACUGGUGGCGGACCCCCAUCUUUUGCCGGCAACUGCGGUGGGUUCGAAAGAAGGUGAAGCCAUCAAGAAGUACUUGUUUUCUAAUCCAAAACCGACGGCUACGAUUGUGUUCGAGGGAACUAAGGUGGAUAUUCAGCCGUCACCGGUUGUUGCGGCGUUCAGCUCCCGUGGCCCCAAUCCUAUUACACCGCAGAUAUUAAAGCCUGAUUUUAUUGCGCCAGGUGUCGACAUAUUAGCAGCAUGGACGGAGGCUGCGGGUCCCACUAAUAUUGAUUCGGAUGCGAGGCGUGUGGACUUCAACAUCAUAUCAGGCACGUCCAUGUCAUGCCCUCACGUGAGCGGCUUAGCGGCUUUGAUCAAGUCGGCUCACCCUGACUGGAGUCCAGCCGCUAUUCGCUCUGCGCUGAUGACUACGGCUUAUACGGCUUACAAAAAUGGUCAGAAACUGCUGGACAGUGCUACCCAAAAACCAGCGACACCGUUGGAUUUUGGCGCUGGACAUGUGAACCCCGUUGCUGCACUUAAUCCAGGACUUGUAUAUGAUUUGACGGUUGAUGAUUAUCUGAACUUCCUUUGCGCGUUGAACUACACUGCUGAUCGAAUCGAGGCCGUGGCGAGGAGAAAGUACAAGUGCGAUCCGAAAAAACAAUACAGUGUAAACGACCUUAAUUAUCCUUCAUUUGCGGUGGUGUUUGAAUCAGCAGGUGGUAAUGGUGGAGCAAAAAUUAAACACACUCGCACACUGACCAACGUGGGUCCCCCAGGAAAGUACAAGGUAUCGGUUACGUCGGAUACUGCGUUCGUCAAUGUCUCAGUUGAGCCGGAAGAGUUGAGUUUCAACGAAAAGGAGAAAAAAUCAUAUACGGUUACAUUUGCCGCAUCAGGUUCAAAACCGAAGAGUCCUUUUAGUUUUGGACGUUUAGAAUGGUCCGAUGGAAAGAACGUUGUUGGAAGCCCUAUCAGCUUCAGCUGGGGAGAAUGA